GCCUUGACUGACAGCCUUCAGGGAGCGCGGGCUGGAGCGCAGGCUGCUUGGGAGUGAGUGGACUGCUCCGCUGGCUGCUCAGGUGACUGGACUGGCGGUGUGCCUCGCUGACCAGAGUUGCUGGCCAUGGAACCAGGACCUCCAACCAGCCUCUUUCAGCCACCUCGUCGUCCUGGCCUUGGAACUGUUGGGAAACCAAUUCGGCUGUUAGCCAAUCAUUUUCAGGUUCAGAUCCCUAAAAUCGAUGUGUAUCACUAUGAUGUGGAUAUUAAACCAGAAAAAAGGCCUCGUAGAGUCAAUAGGGAGGUAGUGGACACAAUGGUGCGGCAUUUCAAGAUGCAAAUAUUUGGUGAUCGGCAGCCUGGCUAUGAUGGCAAAAGAAACAUGUAUACAGCACAUCCAUUGCCAAUUGGACGGGAUAGGGUUGACAUGGAGGUGACUCUCCCGGGUGAGGGUAAAGACCAAACUUUCAAGGUGUCUGUUCAGUGGGUAUCAGUUGUGAGCCUUCAGUUACUUUUGGAAGCUUUAGCUGGGCACUUGAAUGAAGUCCCAGAUGACUCAGUACAAGCACUUGAUGUUAUUACCAGGCAUCUUCCCUCUAUGAGGUACACUCCAGUGGGCCGUUCUUUUUUCUCACCUCCCGAAGGUUACUACCACCCUCUGGGAGGAGGCAGAGAGGUUUGGUUUGGCUUCCACCAGUCUGUGAGACCUGCCAUGUGGAACAUGAUGCUCAAUAUUGAUGUAUCCGCAACUGCUUUCUACCGAGCUCAGCCUAUCAUUGAGUUCAUGUGUGAGGUUUUAGACAUUCAGAACAUCAAUGAACAGACCAAACCUCUUACAGACUCCCAGCGUGUCAAGUUUACCAAAGAAAUCAGAGGUCUCAAAGUUGAGGUGACGCACUGUGGACAGAUGAAACGAAAAUAUCGAGUUUGUAAUGUGACUAGACGCCCAGCCAGUCAUCAAACAUUUCCUUUGCAGCUAGAGAAUGGUCAAGCAAUGGAAUGUACGGUAGCUCAGUAUUUCAAGCAGAAGUACAGUCUGCAGCUGAAGCACCCCCAUCUCCCCUGUCUCCAGGUGGGCCAGGAGCAAAAGCACACGUACCUGCCACUUGAGGUCUGUAACAUAGUAGCAGGACAGCGGUGCAUAAAGAAGCUCACUGACAACCAGACAUCCACAAUGAUCAAAGCCACGGCAAGAUCGGCUCCCGACAGACAGGAAGAGAUCAGUAGACUGGUGAAGAGUAACAGCAUGGUGGGUGGACCUGAUCCAUACCUUAAGGAAUUUGGGAUUGUUGUCCACAAUGAAAUGACAGAACUCACAGGCAGGGUACUUCCAGCGCCAAUGCUGCAAUACGGAGGCCGGAAUAAAACGGUAGCCACACCCAACCAGGGUGUCUGGGACAUGCGAGGAAAGCAGUUUUAUGCUGGCAUUGAAAUUAAAGUUUGGGCAGUGGCUUGUUUUGCACCUCAGAAACAAUGUAGGGAAGAUUUACUGAAGAGUUUCACAGACCAGCUGCGUAAAAUCUCCAAGGAUGCAGGGAUGCCCAUCCAGGGCCAGCCAUGCUUCUGCAAGUACGCACAAGGUGCAGACAGCGUGGAGCCCAUGUUUAAACAUCUGAAAAUGACCUAUGUGGGCCUUCAGCUGAUAGUGGUUAUCUUGCCUGGAAAGACACCUGUGUAUGCUGAGGUGAAGCGUGUUGGAGAUACCCUUCUAGGUAUGGCCACACAGUGUGUCCAGGUAAAAAACGUUGUGAAGACCUCACCCCAAACACUUUCCAACCUUUGCUUGAAGAUAAAUGCCAAGCUUGGAGGAAUUAACAACGUGCUUGUGCCUCAUCAGAGGCCCUCGGUGUUCCAGCAGCCUGUCAUCUUCCUGGGAGCAGAUGUCACGCAUCCCCCUGCGGGGGAUGGGAAGAAGCCCUCCAUUGCAGCUGUGGUGGGCAGCAUGGAUGGCCAUCCCAGCCGGUACUGUGCCACGGUCCGGGUGCAGACAUCCCGGCAGGAGAUAUCCCAGGAGCUCCUCUAUAGUCAGGAGGUUAUCCAGGACCUGACUAACAUGGUUCGAGAGCUGCUGAUCCAGUUCUACAAGUCCACACGCUUCAAACCCACUCGCAUCAUCUACUACCGUGGAGGGGUAUCAGAGGGACAGAUGAAACAGGUAGCUUGGCCUGAGCUGAUAGCAAUUCGAAAGGCAUGUAUAAGCUUGGAAGAAGACUAUCGGCCAGGAAUAACAUAUGUAGUGGUGCAGAAAAGGCACCACACGCGACUCUUCUGUGCAGAUAAAACAGAAAGGGUGGGGAAAAGUGGCAAUGUCCCAGCAGGCACUACGGUGGAUAGUACCAUCACCCAUCCAUCUGAGUUUGACUUUUACCUCUGUAGUCAUGCAGGAAUUCAGGGAACCAGCCGUCCUUCACAUUACCAGGUCUUGUGGGAUGACAACUGCUUCACCGCAGAUGAGCUCCAGCUACUGACUUACCAGCUGUGUCACACCUAUGUGAGGUGCACACGCUCAGUCUCUAUUCCAGCCCCUGCCUAUUAUGCCCGGCUCGUAGCAUUUAGGGCAAGGUAUCACCUGGUGGAUAAAGAUCAUGACAGUGCGGAAGGCAGUCAUGUGUCAGGACAGAGCAACGGCCGAGACCCUCAGGCCUUGGCUAAGGCCGUGCAGAUCCACCAUGAUACCCAACACACGAUGUAUUUUGCCUGAAAGUCUCAGAAAAAGAACUCAACGAAUUUGGCACCCCAUGCAGCCUCAAAUCCUUUCAAAUCUGCACCACCUCUAGAUAGACCCAAGUUGACUUCAGGUGGUCCUUCUACCAGCAGCGCGGAAUAGUUGCACUGACUCUGUAUUCUGCAGCACUGUCUGAUGCAUCGACAAAAUUGAGCCAUUUUUUUUAAAGUAAUAGAUACUCAUAGAUUAUCUUUUCUGAUGCACUGGACAGAAUUUUUACCUCAACGUGCAAAGGCGAUCAGCCUGAUCUUUUAAAGGACUUUCCAAGAAAGGUUUCUAUGGAGUAUUUUGCUAGCUGUGGAGUUCACCGCGUCCCUCUAGUCUUAGAGGGGAAGAGGAACUUUUUUCUGUUCAUGGAGUAGGGUGUGCGCAUAAGGGAGAGAGAAACCAAACAGUCUACUUCAGUUCUGUGUAAACUAUUUAAUUGGGUGGACCCAUAGACCUUUUUAAUGGAGAUUUCUAACUUUGCCACUGUAAAUGCCUUUAACGAGCAUUAAUUUUUGAAAGUUUUACAGAGUUUUAUUCCUUUUCCUACUUCACCUUGUUGAUCUUUGCAGACCUGUGUUGGUGCAAGGACAUGUUCCCAGUCGGUUGCACAAUGUUUGGCUGCAGAUUCAAACUGGCAGUUCUCAUUUUUGGUUGACUUUUGUGAAUGUGUGACUUAACAGCUGUGAUACAUAUCACAGGGACAGACAACACUGCCAUGGCAAAAGUACUCAUGUUUCUCCCUGUUUGAAAAAAAAGUUAGCUUUUGGUAUUUUUCCAAGUUUUCAAAAGUGCCCAUUUUAUGCUGCUGUGUGGUUUGUUAGAUCUAAAUGAUUUGUAAACUUUUCUCAUAGAAAGUUAACUUUGGCAAUAAGCAUUUUUUUAAAGGUUCCCCUCCUCCUCCCCAUGACAAUGUAGUUUUCUAGAUGAGAUUUCGGUAUGAUUUUAUGAGCUAUUUCUUAUAUAGCAUAACCUGGAAAUUUCUGAAACCAGUCAAAAAAGACAUAUAUUUCCAUGCCUUUUUAAAGAAUUGUUUUUACCUGUUUUGUAAUCACGUUGGUGUCCUAUCACUUUGUUUUAAAAUAAGCCAGAACCAGGAUGCUUCCUUACUGGGUGGGCUUUUUUUGCCAGUCUUCGGGCACACUGAGUGAUGCUGCUCUUGCAGAAAUGUACCAGCAUUUAUCCUCCCCCCCAGCGCCCCACCAGAAUCAUUUCUCACACAAUUAUUUGCAGUGCAAUUUUUUUUUCUUUUCUGUCAACCUGAAAUGUACUUGGUGGGUUUUCCUUUCUUUUAUUCAACUAAAACUGCAUAGAAAAGGUUGACUUUUUUUUUUCUUCCUGGUAAUAGAUUCUGGAUUCCACUCAUAGGGAGACAGGAUUCCUUCCUUGUCCAGACAAAGGAACUUGAUCUAAAGCAGUUAAAAUGUAGGGGAAAAUGUCAUCUGUAUUUACUGUAGAUAAUAAUACUUCGUAAUGGACGACAGUUACAUAAUCUAUGUAGUUCCAGCCAGUGUUUCCCAGCCCACAUUUUACUCUAUCCUGGAAUGGCAGGAUUGGGAGAUGAGGGGCUCUGUAUGGCUGAGGAAGGUGCUGGACAAAGGUAGACACAGUGCCGUUUUGUGUCUGGAGACUGUUCGUGGGAAACACUGGUCAGAUGGUGAAGGGUAUAUUUGCUUGAACUCCUUCCUUGGUCCAAAUCUGUCAAACUAGCCUUCUCAAAAUCCCAGCAAUAUAAAGCACUGUUUUUCUUCAGUCUUUUAAACAAGCUUGUAAAUACAUUAAUGUUUACAUUUCCACGUGCUGUUGCUCAGUGGCGCCAACCAGUGUUUGCUGAGACUGAUCUCCGAGAGUUUUAUAAUGUCAGUCAAGUUCUAUGGCGCAUUAUGAUGAGUGCAGACGUCCUUAACUCUACCAACAGUGGGAAGAAAGCAAGUUCCACGGCCGAAGCACAACAUAGGCAGGAGGGAAGAGACAGCAGAUGUUCAUUUCCUAAGAUUUUCCUUUUUUGCAAAUACCUCACUUGGAUAAUACAAAUCAGGACAUGUUGGCGAGGAGCUGGCUGCUGCUUUUAUUCACACUUGUUCAGGGAGAACACAGAAAACACUCUUCAGCACAGCCGCUCUGGACCCAAGAGGAGGAAAAAUGGAAGCUUUUUAGGAGGAGUACUCCCCUGAAGUACAAGAUGGGAAGAACUCUUGGUGACUGGCUGGCUGGCCAGCGGGCACCACACCUGCACUUGAGUGCCUCGGGCUUGCUCGUUCAAUGCACGGAAGAGCUCUCGCUGUCUCCUGGCAUCUGUGGAGCAGGGAGCAAGGCCAGGUGCCCACACACCCGGAUCCCCUUCCCUGCACUUGGGCUCUACGCUUAACUUUAAACAGUACGUUUGUAAGGCCUCAGUCAGUCCUCGUUUGCUGGGGCCAAUCAACGUGGUGGUGGAGGAAAAGCCGGGAGGCCUAUUUUUAUAGGAAAAUAGUACCAUUAAGGGUGCAAUGCUGUCAUUUUGGACAAAAGGAAAGAAAUAUGGAAGAAGUAGGAUUAUUGGAAACAAUUUGCUGAGGGGAGACUCUUUAAGAGGAAAUCACUGCAGAACCAGUUGCUGUAACACUAUCGCCAGCAACUCUUGGUGCAUAGUUUUAAUUUAGGUUUGAGAGCUCACAUAGGCAAUCCCCUCGAGACUGAAUCGUUAUGCAUGUGUCAAUCAACGGGAGGUGUGCAUUCUCUAGAAGUAGUGUUAGGCUGCUUUUUUGUUUUUGCUUUUGUUUUUGUUUUUAAUGCAGCCUACUUAGGCCCUGUCAUGUGGCGUGAAAGAUUUAAAUGUAGCAAUGCUAAAAUAACAGUUUGGGGAUAAGGAGCAGGACAGGAAGAGAGUGGUGAAGACCCAAAUGUUGAACCAAUUAUAUUUUGUUGUUGUUAGAUGUUGAAUCCUGAGCGGUUUAUAAAGUGAGCCAGCUGGCUUCAUGAAGCCAGUGUUCUGGGCAGGCAAAAACACAUUCAUUCUUACUGUAAAUUCUCUUUGCUGCUUCCAAAGGUGAUAAUUUCCAAGCAGCUAUGUUCUCUAUGGUCUGUCUGGUGCCCAGCCUAUAUAUAUGAGCUUAUCUACCUGGCUGAGCUACCUACCCCUUCCCAUAGGAAAAGGUAGACACUGUUUAACUAGGCUUACCCCCUCCACCCUGCCCUAGCCACCCUUUGAGGGUGUCUUGCUCAGUAGCAGUGUGGUAGCUCUGCUUUCAUUUUAAGAAAGUGGAGCUAAGGGCAUUGUAUCAAUACUGCAUCAACUCCAAGAAUUGUUCCUUCUCACAUUAAAGAAAGGAUCUUGUUAUCAAUGAACUGUUUUUGUAUCCCUUGCUAUUGACAUAUUCCUGAUCUUUCUAUGUCUAGUGGCUGAACAUGUUUGUAUCUGCUCAUUUGACUAAUGGCGUGAUUUUUUUUUUGUUUCAAUAUGGUUAGACUUGUAAUAUUUCAAAAUGUAUUUUAUUAAUUUGGACUGGAUGUAUGUCUCUAGCAAUACGAGGUACUUUCUAAGCUAUUAAGGGAGGGCUCAUUUAAAUUUUACUUUUUUUUUUGGCCUGCAGGGAUAUUUUAUGUUUAUGUGUCCAAAAAGAGAGAGAGAGAAAAAAAUAUGAAUAAAUUGGCAUUCUUGUGCCAAAACUUGUUCUUCUUGUCAGUUGUCUAAUAAAUGUGCUACAUAGUA